UAUCAGUACGAGUCAAUUGAGCGCUGUGGGAAGUGAUAAUUGAUAAGAUAGUUUCCUCAUCAACAUGCCUUGCUGCCAAGUCGCAAACAAACUCCAGUGCAACAUGGAGUGCAACAACACCAACUGUUUCUGUAUCCAAGAUGGCGGAAAAUCCUGCAUCUGCCUUGAAGAGAAGAUCGAAUGUCAGUGCAAGACCUGCCAAUGUGACAACUGUGCCUGCUCUACCACUGGAGACUGCACUUGUAUUUGUCUACGUCGUGACGAAACAGGAAAGAUCGUGAAAUGCGACGAAAAUAGUAAGAAGAUUAACAAGGAAUGCAAGUGCAAAUGUGACAAUUCCAAGUGUACUUGCAUUGCUACUGAUGGUGCCGCUUGCAUUUGCAUAUACCGUGAUGAAAGUGGAAAAAUAAAGAAAUGCGAUGACUGCAAGUGUACUUGCAAGUGCAAUUGUGAUGAUACUAAAAACACUUGCGGUGCUACUUGCAAGGCUAUUAAGACUUGUAGUCGUGAUGAAAGUGGGAAAAUAAAGUGCAGUGACUGCAACUGCGCUGCAGGAAACUGCAAUCCUCAACCAUGCCAAGCUUGUCAGAGGAAAACUGAUGACAAAGGGUGCACCUGCAUUUCUACUGAAGAAAAACCUUGCCUUUGUGUCUCUAAAGAAGAUAAAGGGAAGCUUGUGAAAUGUGACCAUUGCAAGUGUGAUGAUUCCAAGUGCACUUGCAUUGCCACUAAAGGGGCUACUUGCAUUUGUGUAUGCUUUGAUGAAAAUGGAAAAAUCAAGAGAUGUGAUUACUGCAACUGCACUACUGAAACUUGUUGCAAAAAUGGGAAGAAGUGUGACAAGGACGGCUGUAUAUGCAUUUCAACUGAGGGCAAAUUCUGCGUUUGCAUCCGCCAAGACAAGGGGCAACUUGUAAAAUGUGAUGAUUGCAAGUGUAACUAUUGCAAAUGCAAAUGCGACCAUUCUAAACGUACUUGCAUUUCUACUGGAGGUGCUGCUUGCAUCUGCGUCUGCCGUGAUGAAAACAGAAAAAUUAAGAAAUGCGAUGACUGCAAGUGUACACCAUGCCAAGCUUGUCAGAGGAAAAGUGACGAUAAAGGAUGCGCCUGCAAUCCUACAGAAGAAAAACCUUGUCUUUGUGUCUCUAAAGAAGAUAAAGGGAACCUUGUAAAAUGUGAUAAUUGCAAGUGUGAUGAUUCCAAGUGCACUUGCAUUGCCACUAAAGGUGCUACUUGCAUUUGUGUAUGCCUUGAUGAAAGUGGAAAAGUGAAGAGAUGCGAUGACUGCAACUGGACUACUGAAGCUUGUUGCAAACCUGGGAAGACUUGCGAGAAGAAAUGUGACAGGGACGGCUGUAUCUGCAUCUCAACCGAAGGAAAAUCCUGCGUUUGCAUCCGUCAAGAUGACAAAGGGAAUAUUCUAAAAUCCAAUUACUGCAAGUCCAACUCUUGCGACUGCAAGUGUGAUGAUUCUAAAUGCACUUGUAUUGCUACGAAAGGAGCCCCUUGCAUUUGUGUAUACAGUGAUGAAAAUGGGGAAAUCAAGAAAUGCGAUGACUGCAACUGCGCAAAUGAAACUUGUUGCAAAAAUGGGGAGAAGUGUGACAUAGACGGCUGUAUAUGCAUCUCAACUGAGGGAAAACCUUGCGUUUGCAUCCGUCAAGAUAAGGGGCAACUUGUAAAAUGCGAUGAUUGCAAGUGUAACUCUUGCAAAUGCAAAUGCGACCAUUCUAAAUGUACUUGCAUUUCUACUGAAGGUGCUGCUUGCAUCUGCAUCUGCCGUGAUGAAAACGGAAAAAUUAAGAAAUGCGAUGAUUGUGACUGCAUUAGCGACGCUUGCUGCAAACCUGGGAAUAUUUGCGAGGGAAAAUGUGACAAAGACGGCUGUAUUUGCAUCCCAACUGAAGGAAAAUCCUGCGUUUGCAUCCGCCAAGACAAGGGGAAACUUGUAAAAUGCGAUGAUUGCAAGUGUGGCUCCUGUAAAUGCGAAUGUGAUGGUUCCAAGUGCACUUGCAUUGCGACCGAAGGGGCAGUUUACGUCGGUGCAUGCCGCGAUGAAGCAGGGAACGUUCAAAGGUGUGGCGAUUGUUGUUGCGACAAUGUCAAGUCAGUCACUUUGAUAAAUUAAAUAAAAGU